AUGCCCUUUGCCCAUAUCUUUUCGUCCAAACUAGCAACGUUUAUUUCGGAUAAUCUCUCGUAUCUCUUCGAGAUUACUCCUUCGUACCUGCAACGGUACGUCGAUAGCCGCGGCCACAAUCACCUCACGGGCAAAGAUCAAGGUUCAAAGUCGCAAAUCACUGUGGCCGGCCCAAAAAAAGAAGGAGACCCUCUCGAUCGAUCAGCUUGGCUUCCAAAUGGAGGUUGGGAACCAGAACUGUAG